AUGCCUGCCCAGAGCCCUAGAAGAGCCCCUCUGCCCACACCACACCUUACUGUUUUAAAUACAUAUCUCAAGCCAAAGUUGCUAACAAGGUUGGAGAAACGUGUGAGAAGGAAGACAGUGGUGGCACUGAAGGAGAUGAGCCAGCAAAUCCAAGAAACUAAACGCCGGCGGGAAAGGCUGCUGAAGGACAGCAGGCAGCUACUAGAGGAAAAAUACCUCGUGCAGGCUGAAAACCAGUUUUUCGUGGAACACCUGCGUAAAAACAGCGAGCAGUGUGAAAAGAAACAGGAGGCGCUGUGGAAGCAGUAUGCCCAAGAAUGUGGCGAGAUCGAACGAAGGAGACAAGACCUGGCGUCCAGAUACACCCAGAGAAAUGCAGCCCUUCGAGCACAGCUCCUACAGGGCAGAGAGACCCAGGAGGGGUUAAAGCGGCAGCUGCAGGAUCUGAAGACCGUUUACAAGGUAAAGGAGGGGCAGGACAAGAAAAUACAGGCCUUGGAGAAGGAGAGAGAGAAAAUCCGAUGUGAGACAGCGGCCAAGGACCAGGAGGCACACAAGCAGUUCCUGCGGGAGAAGGCCCUGGUGGAGAAGGAGCUGGAAGAAUUGCACUUGGGGCAGAUGAGCGCCAAGGGGCUCACGGGGAAGUACAAGGCCUUGGCACUGGCAUGCAAGCAGGCUCAUUUUGAGUUCUGUGGCAGCCUCCACAGAGAGAACCAGCAGAGACGGAAGGAACUUCAGCAUCUGGGUCAGGAGUACCGCAAGGUGGACACCGUGAGGAGCCAGUUGGAGAAGCAGCAGCGGCUGGUGAAGGAGGAACGGUGGUAUCUAGAAGCCUUGAUCAGGGGGCGGCAGCGGCUGCAGGCAGGACGUGAGCGCCAUCGUGCUCACAACCCGUGCCUCAAGGCAGGGGGCUCUUCAAAGACCAAAUUCUAA